UAACCUAAAAUAAAACGAAAACUAACAUUAGAAGCACAGAAGCAUCAAGAAGAAGCAAAAUAGUGAACCGAAUUCCGGUUGAAUUAUUGGACAGUGAUGGGUGGUAACAACCGCCAAAACCGAUUCAGAAGUCACCGCCAAAAUCAUGCUCAAUCCAGUCGACACUCACUAGACAACGAAUCUCAAAGCUGCGUUCAAGAAACUCGUGAGGGUGACAAUGAAGAAGCUGAAGGACUCACACAACCCAAAAUUAAGCUUGCAAUGUGGGAUUUUGGGCAAUGUGAUGCCAAAAAGUGCACGGGACGCAAGCUUUCAAGAUUUCGUCUUCUAAAAGAGUUACGUGUGACUAAUGGUUUUGGGGGAGUUGCUUUAAGUCCUGUUGGACAGCAAUGUGUCUCAAGAGAAGAUUACUCCUUAAUCCUGACUAAAGGAUUGGCUGUUGUGGAUUGCUCAUGGGCACGCUUAGAGGAUGUGCCUUUUGUCAAGUUGCGCUGCCCUGCUCCUCGCCUCUUGCCAUGGCUUGUAGCAGCAAACCCAAUAAAUUAUGGUCGUCCGUGUAAGCUAUCCUGUGUAGAGGCCUUAUCUGCUGCUUUGAUGAUAUGUGGAGAAGAAGAAACAGCAAAUCUGUUGCUUGGCAAGUUUAACUGGGGUCACGCUUUUACGUCUCUGAAUAAGGAAUUACUGAAGGCCUACUCUAAAUGCCAAAACAGUGCUGAAAUUAUUACUGUUCAAAAUGAUUGGCUAUCACAAGCGCGUCAGAUUCCUAAGACUCCUUCUACUAGUAGCAAAGAUGUUAAGCAUGAAAAUGAAGAUAAUGAUCAAAAUUCUUCCGAUUCUGAUGACGGGCUUCCACCUCUUGAAAGGAACAUGAAUCAUUCGAACAUAGCCGAUAGUGACGAAGAAGAUUCUGAAGACGGGCUUCCACCUCUUGAAAGGAACAUGAAUCAUUUGAACAUAGAUGAUACUGACGAAGAAGAUUCUGAAGACGGGCUUCCACCUCUUGAAAAGAACAUGAAUCAUUUGAACAUAGACAAUAGUGACGAAGAAAGUGAGUAGAUUUGUUUUAAGUUUAUGACACAGGAUACUUCUCUAACUGUGCUGCAAUAUUGGGAUCAACAUGGAAAUGUGUUCAAUGCAGAGUUGCUUGGCAGAAAGCAUUUCAGCUGAGAUACGUAUAAUCUUAGGGGAUGAAUUAUUUCCAGUAGUGGUUUCUCUUGGUUUAAAAUAUGAUCGUGUGUUAGCAAGUUGUAAGCUUUACAUGUAUUUUUCCCCUUUUAAGGCCUUAAUGUUUUUUUCAAAACAUUAUCUGUAAUUUUUAUUUUCGGUUUUAAUUAUAUAAAUAUCAAAUUAUUUUUA